GGGCCCCGUUCCCCGUCCGCGGCGGCCCUGCAGGCGACCCCGCGUCCCCACCGGCGGGAGCUCGCGGAGGAGCGGGCGGCGGCGCUGCUGCUGGCGGCGGCCGGCUGGAUGCGAGACCCGCGUAGACCCGGCGGCGGACGGCGGCUCUCGGCUCGGGAGAGCGGAUCGUCGCGGAGCGCAGGAGCCCGGUCGCGCUGGCCAUGGCCUCCAACUUUAACGACAUAGUCAAGCAGGGCUACGUGAAGAUCCGCAGCAGGAAGCUGGGGAUUUUCAGACGAUGCUGGUUGGUUUUCAAGAAGGCUUCCAGCAAAGGACCCAGAAGGUUAGAAAAAUUUCCAGAUGAAAAGGCAGCUUAUUUCAGAAACUUUCACAAGGUAACUGAACUGCACAAUAUCAAAAAUAUAACCAGACUGCCCCGAGAGACAAAAAAGCAUGCAGUGGCAAUUAUCUUUCACGAUGAAACAUCGAAGACAUUUGCCUGCGAAUCGGAGCUGGAGGCUGAGGAGUGGUGCAAGCACCUGUGCAUGGAGUGUCUGGGGACCAGGCUCAACGACAUCAGCCUUGGGGAGCCCGACCUUCUGGCGGCAGGAGUGCAGCGGGAACAGAAUGAGCGAUUCAAUGUGUAUCUUAUGCCUACGCCAAAUCUGGAUAUUUAUGGUGAAUGCACAAUGCAGAUCACUCACGAAAAUAUCUAUCUCUGGGAUAUCCACAAUGCCAAGGUCAAACUGGUGAUGUGGCCUCUCAGCUCACUGAGGAGAUAUGGUCGGGACUCAACGUGGUUCACGUUUGAGUCAGGAAGAAUGUGCGACACAGGAGAAGGACUAUUCACUUUUCAAACAAGGGAAGGAGAAAUGAUCUAUCAGAAGGUCCAUUCUGCGACACUGGCCAUAGCUGAGCAACAUGAAAGAUUAAUGCUAGAGAUGGAGCAGAAGGCCCGGCUUCAGACAAGUUUGACUGAACCAAUGACAUUAUCCAAAUCAAUCUCUCUUCCUCGCAGUGCGUACUGGCAUCACAUCACCCGUCAGAACAGCGUCGGUGAAAUCUACAGUUUGCAAGGUCAUGGGUUUGGUGCCUCAAAGAUGUCUCGUGCACAGACAUUUCCCAGCUAUGCCCCAGAGCAGAGUGAAGAGGCCCAGCAGCCGUUGUCACGGUCCAGCAGCUAUGGAUUCAGCUACAGCUCUAGCCUCAUCCAAUGACACAGAGAGCCGCUGCUGACCAGAGAGACAGUCUGUCCUGAACCCGUCAGUGGGGUCAUUGCACCCUCUGCCUCCUGGAAGACCAAUUGCAGUACAAGUUGAAAUGGGUUGGGUCUAGCCCCAGUCUCAUUGGAAGGUUAAAAACUGGAGUUCUGCUUCCUUGAUUCAGUGGCUAAGUCUUUUAUUUAUUGAAUUUCUUUGGGGGAAUCUAUGUUUUACAUAAAUAGAAUCCAAAUCGUAUGAAGUUAUUUAAAUAAAUAAAAUUCUUUGGGUCUGACAGUAGCAGAAACCUCAGCACUGGGAAAAGCUGCGCAUGCUGGGGUAUGCCUGGGUGGUGGGCACCUCUCACUGACCUCACAGGGUCUGUUCUUAGACAUAAUGGUGACCCUCCACAACCUCUGUGGCUUUUAAAGUUUUGACAGGGACACACCCAGUAAGCUCUACAAAUGGUAUCAUAACUGCAUAUAAAUAAACCCAGCGACAAUUAAGAGAACAUGAAAUUCAGAACACACUAUUAAGCAGGGCCCUGUAGCUGUACUCGUGUGUGUGUGUGUGUGUGUGUGUGUGUGUGUGUGUGUGUAGACAAAUGUGGAUAUUGCUAUAUCCAUCUAUAUAUAACAAGUAUUUAUCAAACAUGUGCUGGGGUGACAGAUUAUACUCACUUAAAUUGUUGAAAACCAAAAUUAAGAUUGUUACAUUGAAUAGCUAUUUUUUAAAUAGUGCUGUAAAAAAAAGGCUUCUUAUUAGCAAAAGUAUAUGUAAUCCAGUCUGCUCCUGUGACAAGGGUAAUCAAAAAUAUGAAAAGGGGAACAUUCAGAAGCAAAAGAAGCAGCCUAGCUGUCCUGCACAUCAUGUCAUGCACUGUCUUUCUGGUAAGUGUUUCCUUGUCAUUGACAAUGUUGCUCCCUUUGGCCAUCCAUCUGAUCUACGUGAGGUGGAUUCCGUGUGAACACUGAUCAGCUUCCAUUUAACCUUGGGAAAAAAGAGAGGUUCUAAAUGAAAAAUUCUUUAAGAAAGAAAGAAUACACCUAAAAAGAACUCAGCUAUUUUACAGUAAAGAGAAAAACAAAAUGGGCACAGGUGCUUAUCAAUAUUUAAAAUGUCAUAGAUGCUGUUCUCAGAAAACCACUGGGGGCUUGUGAUUUACUGUGUAACCAGAACUUGCAGGGCUUUCUGUUUUCUUUUACUGGACACAGGUUGUCUGAGACUGUAAGAAAAAAAUGCAACAAAUAUAAUUUUCAUCAUCCCUGACACUGAUUACAAACCUACAGUGUUUAAAGGGAAUUCACGAUUUCCACGUGAACUGAAAGAGUUUCAGGUCAACAAAGAUAUAUUUGCCCUUAAUUUUGGACUUAAGUAAAAUUAAAAAUGAUCCUGCCUGAAUCAUCUGAAGCCUUGUUCCUAAGAUGGUUAUCUCUCAAAUACUCUAGGGUGGAGUAUUGUUAAAGAACAAGGAGCCCAGGUCAUACAAGAUGAAAACUCAGUUUUUUUGUUAAUAGAAAAUUUUUUUAAACUAUCAAAAUUAGUCUUUGAAAGGGUACCAUUUUUGCUGAUCUCUGACAACUUGUCUUUUCAUCCCUAUCCCUAGCGUGAGUGCAGAUUGACAAUUCAUUUCAGUGAAUUACCACGAAAUAAAAGUGGUUCCGAUCUCUCCUAGAUAAAUGUGCACUUACAGCAACUAUCUAGGCUCUCCAAAUCACUCCGCUAGGUAUGAAAACCCCAUCAAGAUACUAAUCAUAAGAGUUAAUGUGGCUGCAAAAAAUAAUUAUCCUAAGCUUUCAGGGAUAAAAAGAAAAUUACCCAAGUUCUCUGCACUGUGAAUUUUGCUGACAUAGCAGAGGAGCAGAUGACUGGUUCCUACAACUGUACAGCCUUCCUUGAAAUUACAGCUUUUGGGGUUAAACACUUCUGAAUUUCUUUAGCACAUGGCAUUUACUUUUGAAAUGCCUUUAGCCAGAUACUCCAGAGCAACUCCCAGCUGAGACCACUUGAGCACAGUUCCUAGUGGGGCCGCAUUCAGAGCAAGCCUCUCGCUGGCUCACUCAGUCGAGCUGUUGCUUAGACACCAAAAGUUUCUACAAGGGACUUAUGGGGAACGGCCCUCAGGGGUCCUGGUUCACAUCUCAGCUUUAUUCACGUGCUGGAAGCACAAACAGCGAGUCCAGGGAGGGAUUCUGCUAAUUAGAUGAGUCUGCUCUUGUGUCUAUUUCUUAGGAGACAAAUAUCUGCAUGCAAUUGCUUCAAGAAUUCCAUUUGGUUCUGAUCACUACCAAUGAAUAUAACUGAAGGAGCACCAAAGAUCAGGCGUAACCUUGGGCCAGUUCAUUCUGAAAAUAAUGUUGUACAAAGAGUGUGUGUGAGAGAAAUCUAUUUCCCAAGUUUUUAACCAGAUCUCAUCACAAUGAGAAUAAUGCUAUAAUCUCUCUCGUGGUAUAUUUUUGGGGGCUUUAUUCUAGCAUACUCCUCCAAGUCCACACACAGUUGUAGCUGAGUCAAAACUGCUAAAUGAACAGGUAGGAGAAUUUAUAUUAACCUAAUAAACUUGACAUGAGGCAGUGUUCAUUGUAAUAAAAAUGGCAAACAGAUCAAUCUUCUACCAAAACCAAAGAUGGAAAGUCACUGUGCCAGUCUCCUGGAACUUCGUAAAAUCAGUUUCACUGGAGCAACCAGAAGCGUCAUGGCUAUGUAUACCACUCGCUUGAGCUCGUAGGUUUUUGACUAGGAAUGCCUCUGCACUUUGUAAGUCAUUUCUCCCUUCAAAAACUGUAUUGUAUCUUUAAUAUAUAUGUCUUUUUCAAUGUGAGGGAGGACUUAGUAUGAACCAAAGAUAUCUUAUGGCUCCUGAAAGUGACUCAGUUUGAAUUCCAUCCAGAUUUGUACAGAUAAACAGAUGGUCACCGUUUCUGCAUCAGGUUGGAAGAGACGAUGACAAAGGAACCCAGCGUGAUGAAUAAUAGUUCUGAAAACAGACAAAGCCUAGAGGAGGUAUCCGUUUCACUGAAAGAUUACAUGAGGGAACUUAUUUAUUAUGUCCCCCAAUUUUUCUUCUGAUAAUAUUAAUUAAUGUACACAUGACUGACACAUGACAUUACACGUAAAAUGCAGAAAAGUACAAAACAACUUCGAUCCAAUAGUUUCCUAUUCUGGGGAGUGGGGGUGGAGGUGGAAAAGAAAACACAUUUUCACUUACUUAUUGAACAAACAGUAAGCACUCAGAACUAAUUUAUUUACGCAGGUUGCAAAUACGUAUGAAUCAAUAGGUUCUGGCCACUGCCAGAGUUUGAAAGAAAAAUAUGUAUUAGGGAAGAUGCUGUCGAUAGAGCAUGUGAAAUUGAGUGAAACAUACUUAUUAAAAAUAAACCUCACCUUUUUCACCAACUAGUAACUAGAGAACUAGUCCUAGUUUCUUGUAUAAUUCUUCUCUGUAUUCAUUGGGAAAUUAUGUUUGAAAAUCUUUCAUCACCUAUAAAAUGGUGAACCUCUUAUAGCUUCUAUUCAGUAUGUAAACAGUGGACUGAUAACUUUACAUUAUUAGUCAUAGUUCCUACAGAUCCAGUUUAUCACCUGUAGUAUCUUUAUUGUAAAUAUUAAAAACACAUCAUAAAAAUUGAUGUGUGCUCCUCAUUGUUUGGCUAGUAUCUCAGAAAACUUUGGAAAAAAUAAAAGCAUGGGGACGCUACUCCCUAGAUUAUUUGAGCCAUUUACUCAAAUUGGCCAUUAGUGCUACAGUGAAAACAAGCUAAGGAAAUGGUGUUCUCAUAAAAAACUGUUUCCAGUUUUGACUAUUAUAUAUAGCACAGCACAAUAAAUGGGCAGUAUACAUCUAGUGGGACUGAGAUUUAGGGCUUUAACAAUUUGUGUUUAAUUUUAAAAUAUUAUACUGAAGACUACACAGAGUGAAAAUUAUACGUUUCUCUCAUCCUGUGAUAUGAACAUGUCGAUAAAUACCUUGCAAUUUCAAAUUACUUCCGUCAUUAACUAUAUGAUCUCCCGAACACAGCCUUCUCAAAAUAGAUAUGCCACUGGAUAUGCAUUAAUAGCUAACAGUGGAUGAUAUGCCACACAAAUUUACCUUAUGAAAUUUAUGGAGUGUGUAUUCGUAGACUAUGAAAUUUAUGAAGUGCAGUUUCCCAUGGAAAGGAGAGAGAGGGAGGAUGGCAACCAGUCUUGAAGGCAACAAUUUAGGUUAAAUGAUAACGGAUACAAUGAAAUGUCCAGAGUUACACUUGGUCUCUACCUUUCUAGCAUUCUAACCUGAGGCCUGUGUCAUGGACUUGGCCUUCUUCCUGUUGCUUCAUACUAAGUAUGCAAUUUACAGAGGACAUCUGUGGCAUGUCUUAGGUCACUACAGGAAGACACUACAUUCCCAACGAAGAUUCAUCUUUCAGCUUAGUGAAAAAUGUUUAACACAAAAGAAUGUGUAACCAAGUCCACACAGUAAAAUGUGUCUUCAGGAAUACGAGAAUCAUUCUCCUACAGCCAGCCUUAUUUGAAUUUCAUGAUGAACAUAUAUUAUUGAUGAGACUGGUGGGUGGGGCCAGAUCUGUGAGAUGAAAUCAACACUCUCAUGUGUGCAUCCUUUAUAAACAUAUUUGAAAGACUGCCCACAUUUUCUUUGUAGACCUGCCACAAAUCCUUUCUUUCUUACUCAAGAAUGUGAAUCUUGUAACAUUUGUUCAAUUAUGCCAGCAGAGGCGACACUAAACAGUUUACAGACUCGUACGGGAUUGGGGCACAUUGGCCAUGCAGGUGGAAUGCUGGCUAGAUCUCAGAGCACUCUUAAAGGUCACGUAGAAUAAAAGUCCCACUUUAUGUUUUCCUCAGGAGAAAACUGAAACCCAUGGAUGCUGUAAUUUGUUUAAAGGCAAAGAAAGAGCCAAGAAUCGUUUCUCUUAGUUCCAGGCUCCUAAUCAAGGAAUGUUUUCUUGGCUCCAUGACGUCUCCCAGUUUGACAUAGUGGGAGCUGAGAAAUGCCACAUGGCCUUGAAAUAAAUAAACCCUUGUACAUUUGUUUUCCCAGAUUUUCAGAUGCCUGUACUCUUGCUGAACUCAUUACCAACUAUAUCAGUAGAGAUGUAUUAUGGGGCAAUUCAUAGAUUUCUGGUAGCUCAUGAAUGAUUGGUAUAAGCUUUAUUUACUCAUAUGUUGUCAUGCAGUUCUUUGAAAUUCAAUCUUAGUUAUCCUAAAGUGGUGGUCAAACUAAAAAGAAAAUUAAGUAGGUGUUUGUGUUUUGUAGUCCUACUAAUUGAUCAUAAUCACAUUGUAAUUGUGAUUAUAAAUUUUAGAAUCAUCACUUCCUAGCACUUUUAUGGUGUCAUUAUUAAUGGCAUUUGUCACAACUUUGUUGGAUGACUGAUAACAUCAGGGCUACGUUCUUUCAUGUAAGCCUCAAGAAGCUUCCAGUAUCAACAAAAAUUGGAGAAAUGACUUUUUUACAUGACAAUACCUUAUACAUCAAGUUUUUCCUUAUAAACUUCAGUGGACAAUAAUUUAAAUUAACUGAAGUUUAGAUAAAUAUGUUAAAAUUACUAAAUAGGAAAACCACAUUUUACUUGUAAUUUUCACUUUCCUCCUACCUUAAUAUUUUUAACAUCUUGUAAAUAUUAAUGUUUGAAGGAGAAAAACUACAUUUGUAGUAGAAAUAUUUCCUCUAACAAUUCUGUUUAACUAGUAAGUUUUUUUUAAGUGAUCUUCUAUGCCUGUUUCCCUAGUCUGAACUCCACAUUCCAGUUGUCAGAAGAAUGAAUGGAUUUAAAUUUUCUAAUCAUUUUUUUGGGCCCAUGUUAGCAGUUGAAACAAUUAAGCUCCUCACUCUUUCCUGCUUUUAGGAUGAUUUUAGACUGUGAGCAUAAAAUAAACCCUUUCUGUCAGCACAGAAUUGAACAUCGAAAGGAGCAAGGUCUACACCCUCAACCUGUAGCUGUGCUAAUGUUGGGAUUGAAUAGUUAAUUCCCUCAGGAGACUCACAGCCUCAGAACAGUUACUUAUGAUCAGGUAUCCAAUAUUCAGAAACCCAAAGUCAGGCCAAGAAGGAAACUGAGAUAAUGAUUUAAUUUUUUUUUUAAGUCACUGCAGGAUUUCUCUCAAAGAAAACAUCUUAAAAUGGCUGAGAAAGUAGUUCCAGAUCAUUAGCUAUUUUAUAGAAGGACUGAAAGCCAGGGAAAAUAAAGAACAAAAUGAUAGUAGUAUCUUGAUACUAAAUAUCCAUCAGAAAUUAACAAAAUAUAAGUCAAUAUGCAAUAAUAAUUUAAAAUCAAAUUCAGAUUCACAUGUAUAGUGCAUAGUUCAAGAAAUAAUGCUUACUCUUGUAAAAAAUAUAUAUAUAUAUACAUAUAUAUGUAUCAGUGGGUGGAGUGGGGGAGCUUCAACUUUGUUGUGAAAACCUCUAACAGAGUAUGAUUCUUUCCAGUUUUAAGAUACUAUAUUGCUUUAGUUCUAGCAGGCAGUGCAUAAAUGACAUCAACAACUCAGGCUGCUCCCUGACAUAAAAGCCAGUUCCAUUUUUACUGCAGAUGACAGGAGACUUUCCAAGACCUGCAGAGGCCCCUCCACCCCAACCUUAGUGCAUGCGCGGCACACACACACACACACACACACGCACACACACGCACACACAUACACACACACACAUUUUUGGCUUUUGACCCACUCUGUGUGUUACACUGACGUUACCUUUUCUUUAAUAGAUCCACACAGAAUUACCCCAUCCUGCAAAAUCCUUAUCCCUAUGAAUCUCUAAAAUGUAUUAAAUUAUGUUAUAUAUUUGCUUUUUGUAAAUCUUUAUUUAAUUAAUUUAUAUAUACUUUGUGAAGUCUUAUACUGUAUAUUAUAAAGGGAUGUCAUUUGUAGUUGGUUCAAUCUAAUGUUUAUGAUCAUUUUGAUAAGAAAUAACUUUGGAAAUUAGGCCCUUGUUAAGAAAUAAAACACCCAUUAUGAAGUUGCUUCUGUUGGAAAAUACAUGAUUUGGCAUACUUCAUUUUUAGUAACAAUCUAUCCUAAAUAAAUGAUAAUUUGGGGACAUCUGUACUUAAAAACUAGUUGAACUAUGUUUUGGGAUGAGAUGCAAAGCAAAAGCUGUCCCUGGAACUGAAAUGUGAAUUUCUGGCAGAACAUAAAAUAGUAUAAUAAUGAGGCAAUAAUAAAAUUAGGAAAUUAAAUUAU